AUUUUUUCUAAAAUUGGUCUAGUGAUCCAAAAUAACUAUUAUAAUAUGAUAUAUAUAAAAUAAAAUAGUGUCAGAAGAGUGGCCAUAUGAUAUAUGUACAAAAUGGGUUGACUCAUCAACCUUUAACCACCCUAUAUUUAUGAGUUAAAAAGUAUAUUUGAUGCAUUUUUGGAUUUAAAAUUCAAUCUGAUAAAAAGAGGAAAUAGGUAAUUUGUUUUGAAAGUGUGAGAUUGAGCCUAAAGAAAUAAAACUAUAAUAUGAACAAAAUUGUUGAGUACUGAUCUGUGUUAACAGGUUUUAUAACAUAAAUUAAUAAUAAUCUGAGAGGUAGCUUAGCUGGAUUAAGACUACAUGAAAUGGCAAGCAUAUCAAUUCAAAUUUGGGCACGCGGAAUUGAAGGCUUCCUUUUUAUGCUUUCUUUAUAAACAAAGCUGCAGCGAAGUCUUGACCUACUUCGUUUGACAGAGCACCUAAGUCUUCACUCACUCUAGUUAUAAACACUGUAAGUAGGCUUAAGCUCUUUCAAUAAACUAUAAUAUGACCAAAAGUGUUGAGUAUAUAAUCCUCUACUAAAGGCGAAACCUCAAAAAUCAAGACCAGAAAUAUACACACAUUUCUCUGCAUUUAAUACUCUCUCUCUCUUUGAAUGAAUUGCUCUAAGUGAUCUUAAACCCUUUCAACCUUGCUGCUCGUACUGGAAAGGUUAACGAAUUGCAUAGAGUAAUUCAAAGAAAUGGAAAUGUUUUGAGGCGUGUUGAUGAGGUGGAGUUUAUCGACACUCCAUUACAUAUAGCUGCAGAAGAAGGGUGCAUAGAGUUUGCAAUGGAGAUGAUGAACUUAAGGCCAUCAUUUGCUCGGAAGCUAAACCACCAAGGUUUGAGCCCACUUCACAUUGCUGUUAGAAAAGGGCAUAAAGAGAUGGCGCUCCGCUUCUUGGAGAUUGAUAAACAUCUUGUUCGUGUCAGAGGAAAGAAAGGUAAGACUCCGUUGCACUACUUAUGUAAAGUUGGAAACCAGCUUGGUCUGUUGGAUACGUUUCUGGAAGCUUCUCCUGACUGUAUCCAAGAUGUUACAAUUGAGAAUCGCACUGCUUUGCAUAUUGCAAUCGAAAACAAUAGACUGGACGCUCUCCAACUCCUAAUUCCAACGCUUAAGAGGAAAGACUAUUACUGGGAAGUGGUUAACCGGAAAGACAAAGAUGGCAACACUGCACUACACAUAGCCGCUAUCCAUAAUCAACCCACGAUGCUUAAAUUGCAAGGCUGAUAAGCAUGCUACCAAUCAAGUUGGUUUCACCGCACUGGGUAUUGCACAACAACAUAACAACAGAGAGAACAUUGCUAUACUGAAAGGCUGCUUUAUUCCAGUAGUUUCAAACUUACAACGUAAGUUGGAGAAACAAGUUGUCAAGUAUGUGACAAAAGCAUCACUACUAAUUUUUCAAAAUAUGGACAAUAUAUCAGCCGAUGACCGCAAUGCCUUGCUAGUCAUUUUAGGACUGCUUCUAACCGCAACCUACCAAGCCACUCUAAGCCCACCAGGUGGUGUUUGGCAAGGUGAAAAUACCUCAAAGUCCAAAGGAUCAUAUGAUCCAAUGGUACUAGGGAAAUCAGUCAUGGGUCAAACGCAUUUUCUUCUCUUCUAUAUUCCAACCUAUCUUGUGUUCCUCGUAACAUUAUUCCUAACACUAGCUUUACUCAAAACUUUUCCACAUGAUUUUAGGAGUGCACUUCAAGUAUUAUUAGCAUUUCUUGCAGUGUCCUUCGAUGAAUCAAUAUCUGAGUUAGCCCCCACCUAUUUAACAUAUGCAAUUAUUAAUAUAUUUUCAGGAAUUCUUUUCCUUUUAAUGGUGUCCAUGUGUAUCGUAUGUCGAGUGUCAAAAAUUAGUGUUUCAAAAGUAGGAUAUUGGAUAUUCCCUUCAAUUUUAUACCUUUUUAUGGAAAGUGGAAUAGAUAUGGGUGUAGAUCAAGGAUUGUUGUUAUUCUUUAUUUUAUAUGAUGAAUUCUGGAAAGGAACCUUUUUUGUUGUAUGCUAUUGUUUAUUUCUAAGUGUUCAUGCUUUAUUAGGU